GGUCGGGCCCAGGGGGAGCCGCCACCAUUGCGUCCAACGAGUGGAGCGCCAACGGUAGCCCAGAAGAUGGGCUGGACGGGGACAUUGAGGACAAGACCAUGGAGGGGGACGCCGAGGGCGUGUGGAGCCCGGACAUUGAGCAGAGCUUCCAGGAGGCCCUCGCCAUCUACCCUCCCUGUGGCAGGAGGAAAAUCAUCCUGUCAGACGAGGGAAAGAUGUAUGGUCGCAAUGAAUUGAUAGCAAGGUACAUCAAGCUGAGGACAGGGAAAACCCGCACAAGAAAACAGGUAUCUAGUCACAUACAGGUGUUAGCGCGGAAGAAAGUUCGUGAAUACCAGGCGGGUAUAAAGGUUUCUAGCCACUUGCAGGUUCUCGCCCGGAGAAAAUCUCGCGAGAUCCAGUCAAAGCUAAAGGCGAUGAAUUUGGAUCAGGCAUCUAAAGACAAAGCCCUGCAGAACAUGGCAGCACUGUCGUCUGCACAGAUCGUCUCACCGAGUAUGAUAAAGAAUCACCUCCCCCCGCUGCCUCCUGUCCCCUAUCAACAGCCCAGAUUCUGGCCUGGUCCCAUCCCAGGGCAGCCUGGACCCUCUCAGGAGCUGGUUCUAGAUCUCAACCCGGGAAGGAAUCCUGGGCUUGGCCGCACCAGCCAUGCUAUCAAACCUUUUGCACAGCCACCGUACCCAGGCCUAUCAGGUCCUGUACCGCAGUCCAUACCAAGUGUGUGUGUGGGUGGUCCAGGUUAUGAGCCCUUGGCGCCUCCUCCUGCACCAUCUGCCACAGCAGUGCCGGUGUGGCAGGACCGGACCAUCGCCUCCUCUAAGCUGCGGAUGCUGGAGUACUCAGCCUUCAUGGAGGUUCAGAGAGACCCGGACAACUACAGCAAACAUCUGUUUGUCCACAUUGGACAGACCAACCCGUCAUACAGCGACCCGCUCCUCGAGGCGGUGGACAUCCGGCAGAUCUACGACAAGUUCCCUGAGAAGAAGGGCGGGCUCAAAGAGCUUUACGAGAAAGGCCCUCAGAACGCUUUCUUCCUAGUUAAAUUCUGGGCGGACCUGAACAGCAGCGGCAUGCAGGACGGCCCCGGUUCUUUCUACGGUGUCAGCAGCCAGUACAGCAGCAUUGAGAACAUGACGAUCACCGUUUCAACCAAAGUCUGCUCGUUCGGCAAGCAGGUUGUCGAGAAAGUAGAGACAGAGUACGCCCGCAUGGAAGGAGGAAAGUGUGUUUACAGGAUCCACCGCUCUCCGAUGUGCGAGUACAUGAUCAACUUCAUCCACAAACUCAAACACUUGCCUGAAAAAUACAUGAUGAACAGUGUUCUUGAAAACUUCACUAUCCUGCAGGUGGUGACGAACCGUGACACCCAGGAGACCCUGCUCUGUAUAGCGUUUGUGUUUGAGGUUUCCACGAGCGAACACGGGGCUCAGUAUCACGUCUACAGACUUGUCAAAGACUAACAGCUCUUUUCAGGGAGGUUUGGGAAAAGCCAGACACAAAGCGUGACACAAUCUCUCUUCGACCAGCUCAACCAUCCAGGAAAAACAAGAAGAAAACAUUCAAACAAUGUUAGACCGAACUAACAAGGACACAUUUUUUUUUAGGUCUCAUACACGAGGAAACAAAAGAGUGAUACGCAACGUGCUGACGCGCAAAGAAAUUUUUGAAGAAUUACGGAUUUUUCGAACAACUAUAGCUAUUUUUUCCAUGUGUUUAAACAUGCUUUAGAUGAAGUGGGUCACUUUUGCCAAGGUAACUGAUGGAGCUCGAAAUGUUUUAUUGAGGGAGCGAGAAUGUGUUUUGAGGGUGGAGAAGAACCCUGAUGUUUUUCCGAGGGAAUACACUCUGAGCAAUAAUAGACGUGUUUGUGAGAAUGAAAAAGUGGGACAACUAAACCACAGAAGGGGGAAAACCAGAGCCAAGUGAUGUUGUUGCCGUAGGAAAGCAAGCAAGUGCCUUUUCUCCAAAGAUAUCGUUGCCUGCCACUUUGAAUUGCCUUUUAUUACUACCUCUUGUUUUUAAAUGAACAGAAAAUAGUCACACAGGUGUAUUUUGUCAAAAAAGAAAAAAAAAAUUGGAAUAGGAUGUCAGGAGAAUUGGAUCCCGACUGUCUCCGGAGGUUUCCUUUCACAUAUGAACAACGCAGCAGGAGAUUCUCCGCUGAGACGCCUUCACAACAACACAGAAAUCUCCGGAGCGUUCAGGUGAGGGCUGGUGCUGCAGGCAGACGUAACGUAUUAAUUCCGCUGUGGAGAUCUCGUGUUUUUGUUUACAGCACAUAUCGACACCGGCGUCGGCCCCUCGUCACCAAAAGCUCUUUUUUUGGACAUGUUAGUCGGUGUCUUCUACGUGUACGGCUUCGCUUUUUCAUCCCGAGAUAUUUGUUUUCUCUUCGUUUUUUUUUUGUUAGAGAUGUCAUCAACACACCCACUCGCCUCGCGGUGAAUCCUUCGGAGGAUCUCCUGCUGUGUUCUCACAUCAGGUCCUCCAGACUUUCUGCACAGUUUUUACUAGCAUUCACACAUACAAGCCCCUUCUGAGAAUGUCUGGAGGAUCUCUGGAGUUCAGUGCAUGUGUCUGAAAGCAACUCAUGAAACGCAUCAGAUUCACACCUAUUUUGAGGCAGUUUUUGGGCACAAAGAGGAACGGGGUGGGAUGACUAAUUUUCAUGUAGCCUGUUGUUUUGCAAAAAAUAGUCCCAUGUUUUACAGUCCAAGUGUACAGGGAGAAGGUUUAUUGUGUUACCGUAUUAUAAAGUUCAGCUUUUUUAUGUUUUCUUACACAGUAAAAAAAAAAAAUCAGGUCUUACAAGCAUCUAUCUAUAACUGACUUUUGACACUAAGGAUGCCUUGUACCAUUACCGGCCUGACGUGAAGCCGAGGCUUUACCAUCCUUACGAGACCCCCUGUUAUUUCUCUGUGUUUGAAGACGUGUGCUCGGUUGCACUUAAGACGAUCCAGAAGUGGGGUGAAUCGACAGCAGUGCUUAUUUUCUGCCUUGAGUUAUGUAGCCUAAUUGAAAAGAAAAAAAAAGAAUUGUUUCUGUACUGUGAGUCAGUGGAUGCUAAAGGAAUAUGUGUUACAUAGGAGUGUUUGUUUUUCUGGAGGGGGCAGGGAGGGUGAUAAUUGUGAUCGAUUAACUCAGCACUCAAACUCAGACCAUGGCUAAAGUGAAGAGAAGUGAAUCACUGUUUCUUUUGUUUAAAAAAGAGAUCGUAUGCUGUGAAGACGGCUCCUUUGCUUCACCCGUCUCUGCGUAAUGUGCGGAGAGGCUGCAUCCAGCCAGAAAAGUUCAGUUUUGAUAUUUAAGACAUUUUUACACAUGAAAUCAUUUUGAAAUCAAACUUAAUUAUUGUCUUGAAUGAGAGCUAUUGUCUCUGUGCUGUGGAGUAUGACCUUUGAUUGUUAUUUAUGGGGUUGGUGAACAAAUAGCGGGAGGGCAGGGUGGGGCUCCUGGAGAUGUAUCGAUCAUUUUCCACUGUGAUGGAGAUGUUUAAGUAUUGCAGGACUCUAAACUAGAGACAGGAUUCACUGUCGUCCCAUGAGUCACUGCUGGACACGUGUCUACUCUGUGUGGUUCACUGGACAAUUUUGCUAUAAAGGUUCAAAUUUAAGAUAUUUGUGCAGUGGAAUAAUUGCACGUGGCUUUGAAUGUCAUAUUUCACGAGCUAGAUACAGUAACACUCCUCUAGCAGGUUUCUCAAUCCAUCUUUUAUACAGACAUUUUUUUCCCCCAUUAUCAAGAUUAAUGUUUUGUUGUCUUUUUGACUUUCAGUGUCUGCCAUAUGCUUCACUGAAAAUAAUGUGUGACUGUGCUGACAUUGAAAAUUAAUAAUGAGAUAUCUAAUGUAUCAUAUUCUGAAUGGUGUGGGCGUUUUUUUUUGUUUUGUGUUUUGGUUUAAGGUGGUUUAAUAUUGUCUUUGUUACCAUUGUGCAUUGCAAUUUUAUACUUCAAAGUAGAGGUUGGACUAUAUAAUCAAACAAAUGUAUCUAACAAUAAAAGACGCAUGGUGCCUUUGGGGCCAUUUUUUCCCCCGAAAACUUAUUAAACGUGUUUGUAAAUUUG